GCAGGCUAUAUAAUAGUCGCGAUGCAGGCGCGGGCGCACUCAGUACGACACGCGUUGUGACCGUGACUUUUGUUUUCAAAACACAAUGCGCUGCUUAAUUCUCCUUGCCAUCGUGGCCGUAGCGCACGCGCACCCUGCGCUGAUUUUCACCCAGGCCCUACAGCCAAUCGGAGUGGAAUACGCCGAGAACGCUGGUCCACUUGUCCGCCCGCAUCCCGCCGUCGAACAAAAUGCCGCCCGGGACGCUCAGCUGCCGCGUGAACUUCUCAAGUCACGAGACUUCUAUGACAAUCCAGCGAUUGCUGAAGGUCUGGCGAGAGAGUCGUGGUUCACGAACAAGGAGAUGCAAGUCGUUGAGAGGGAGGCUGAAAAGAUCCCUAGGGAGAGGAUCUAUAAAAUUGUGAAGAGCGCUGGCUUCUUAGAUCAGUAAAUUAAAUGUUAUUUAUGAUCGUGAUUACAUUGCUCUUAAGCUCAUUAUGUUUGUGAUGUUAAUUACUUCCUUCAGUAGGUUUGAACUAUUGAACCUUACUUUAAUUCAAAUGUCGACUAAUGAAUGAAUGAAGGUAUCAACAUUAUACCUCAGGUUCAAACAUCUUCAUUACGUAGGUAAUUAAAUAUUUGAAAGAUUUGCCUUUUACAAUUUUGUUUAAUGCUUAUUGUUUUUUCUUAGUAUAUAUACAUUUGACAGUUUUAAGACAGUCAAGAGUCAAUAGAUUAGCUGUGCUAGAUUUUGUGUGAAUGUCCUUAGGUUUUUGUAAAUAUCGUCACUGUGAAUAUUUAUGUAACUUAAGAAUGUUUACUAUAAGAAUAUUGAAUGUAAAUAUAAUUAGUAGUAUUAUAGAGUCAAUAUUGUACAAAGUAUACUAUUAAAACUAAAUGUUAAUGUAUUUUUAGACUUCUAUCAGUACGUAAGUAGUACCUACACAAACUUGUUUACAUGCACGCAUUUUAAAUGUUUAUGUAACUAAUUAUAAUUUAGGAGUGUGAAGGUAAACAUGCCCUUAUGUUAUUUGUUUGUGAGUUUCAUCGUUGUAUAUAUUUAAAUAUUUGAUGCGAUUUUUACUAAAGUAUAUUGAUUGAUUAUUAGGUCCUAUGUAUAAUUUAACCGCAUAUCAUGCAGGUAUUGUAACAGGUAGAAGGAUUGCAUAUAUUUUUGUAUGACUUAGAUCUGGAUUAGAUAUAAAUAUCUGUCAGUGUCAAUAGUGACGUUUUUAGUUGAAGAAUGUCACUUUUGACACUGACUAACUAAUACAGAUCUGACUCAUGUUAUUAAUAUCAAAAUACCCCUGUUUGUAACAUCGAAACAAGUUACUGUUUUUCAUAUGUCGCAAGAGAUAUAUUCUAGUCGUUGUUGGGUUGUAGUAUGAAGAUUGACUAGUAUUUACCUGUUGCUAUACAAAAAUACAAUUAUUUUAAUAAAUUGUAAAUUAUAAUAAAGUAAAGCUGUGAUCUCGAGCAAUAAGUACGCAAACGUAAGUUAUUGCUCUUAAAUAAAAAUAAAACGAAUUAUUUGAUA